AUGGGUGAUUUCAAUUCAGUGCUGCAUGCAGGUGAUAGAAUCCAUGGUAGCCAAGUUUCUGAUGCAGAAACAAGAGAUUUUGAUGCCUGUAUUGAUGCAACAGGGCUGAUAGAGCACAAGAGUUGUGGAAAUUUCUUCUCCUGGAACAAUAAAGGGCAAGGUGAUUUGAGAAUACAUUCCAGAAUUGAUUGGGCCUUUGGGUGUGGUAACUGGCAUACUAGUUAUCCAGAUGUAUGUGUGGACUAUCUGAACCCAGGUUUAUCAGGCCACUCCCCUCAUCUGCUGGAUUGUAAAGUGGUGAGACAGAGGGGAAGUAGACCAUUUAAGUUCUUCAAUUACAUGGCUGAGCACCCUAAGUUCCAUCAGAUUGUGCAAGAAGGAUGGGGAUCUGUUGUAAAUGGAACUACUAUGUUUCAAGUGUGGCACAAACUGAAAGUCAUCAAGCAGGGUCUGAAAACUUUGUAUAGAGAAGAAUUUGCUAGGCUGGAGGAGAGAAUUGAUGGUAUUAGGAGGGAGCUGGAUGACACUCAAUCUCAGUUAGCUGCUUCCCCUAGUGAUAUUGACCUUCAACUGACUGAAAAAGAGUGCACUGGUAAGCUUAAAAAGUUUCUGAGUAUUCAUGAAAGAGCUCUCAAACAGAAAUCAAGAAUCCAGUGGUUGAAAACUGGUGAUUCAAAUACAAAGUUCUUUUUCACAGCAGUAAAGGAGAGAUAUGCUAGGAACAGUAUUGAUGUUCUUUAUGAUGCUAAUGGGAGGAAGCUUACCACUGCUGCAGAGAUUAAAGAUGAGAUGAAAGCUUUCUAUCAUGGUCUUAUUGGUUCUGCUGCAGACACUUUGGAGGGUAUUGAUGUUACAGUUGUGAGACAAGGUAAACAACUUUCUGCAGCUUCAGCUCAAUCUUUAGUUCUUCCUGUCUCAACUGCUGAGAUUGAUAUGGCACUGAAAGGGAUUGGCGACAAUAAAGCUCCUGGUUUAGAUGGGUUUAACAGUUUCUUUUUCAAAGAAGCUUGGAGCAUCAUUAAAGAUGACAUUUAUGUGGCUGUUCAGGAUUUCUUCUCCACAGGGAAACUUCUGAAAUAA